ACCUCUUCCAAGAUAAUAAUAGGUCUUUUGCUUUUAUUUAUUGAAAAGUGUCACUUGUUACUGAUAUCAACGAAUUAAAUACUGAUGCAGGGUUCAAUUCUACGUUACGGCAGGGUAACAUUACACACCAUGAAUACAUUCAGGUAGGGAAAGGGAGAGAUGUUGGGCUGAACCAAAUUGCCCUAUUUGAAGGCAAAGUAGCUGGUGGAAAUGGAGAACAAGUCUUAAGCAGGGACAUAUACCGGCUUGGACAACUUUUUGACUUUUUCAGAAUGCUAUCGUUCUACUUCACAACUGUUGGUUUUUAUGUGUGCACAAUGAUGACCGUUCUUACUGUUUACAUUUUUCUAUAUGGAAGAGCUUAUUUGGCUUUCUCUGGUGUUGAUAGUGGUAUUAACAGGCUGGCUAAAUUGUCGGGUAACACAGCACUGGAUGCAGUUUUAAAUACUCAAUUCUUGUUCCAGAUAGGAAUUUUCACUGCCGUCCCAAUGAUAAUGGGAUUUGUACUUGAAUUUGGAUUGUUGAAGGCUGUUUUCAGUUUUAUCACCAUGCAACUACAGUUGUGUUCUGUUUUCUUCACAUUCUCUUUAGGAACUAGAACUCAUUAUUUUGGGCGUACAAUACUCCAUGGAGGUGCAAAAUACAGAGCAACAGGUAGAGGCUUUGUGGUCCGUCACAUCAAGUUUGCUGAAAAUUACAGGCUUUAUUCACGAAGUCAUUUCGUGAAGGCGCUUGAAGUGGCAAUGCUUCUUAUAGUUUACAUAGCAUAUGGCUAUACGAAUGGAGGUGCAGUUUCUUUUGUUCUGCUUACUCUCAGCAGUUGGUUCCUUGUCAUGUCGUGGCUCUUUGCUCCGUAUAUAUUUAAUCCAUCAGGAUUUGAAUGGCAGAAGACUGUGGAGGACUUCAAUGAUUGGAUCAGUUGGCUUCUUUAUAAAGGUGGAGUUGGAGUAAAGGGAGAAAACAGUUGGGAAUCAUGGUGGGAUGAGGAACAGAUGCAUAUCCAAACAUUGAGAGGUCGGAUAUUGGAAACCAUUUUAAGCUUGAGAUUUUUCUUCUUCCAGUAUGGCAUUGUCUACAAGCUCCAUCUCACUGGAAAUAACACUUCACUGGCGAUUUAUGGUUUCUCGUGGGUUGUGCUCGUGGCGAUUGUCAUGAUAUUCAAGAUCUUCACCUUUAGCCCCCAAAAGUCAACCAACAUACAGUUGUUGAUGCGUUUUAUACAGGGAACUCUGUUUUUAACUCUUAUUGCUGCACUAUGCCUUGUUGUUGCCUUCACUAAUCUAUCAAUUCUAGAUAUUUUUGCCAGUGUCCUAGCAUAUAUUCCUACUGGCUGGGCUAUUCUAUCGCUGGCCAUCACAUGGAAGCAGAUAGUAAGGAGAUUGGGACUUUGGGAUUCAGUACGUGAGUUUGGCCGAUAUUAUGAUGCUGGGAUGGGUAUAAUUAUAUUUGUACCAGUGGCAGUGUUGUCAUGGUUCCCAUUUGUAUCUACCUUCCAGUCACGUCUUCUCUUUAACCAAGCAUUCAGCAGAGGGCUGGAGAUAUCCCUCAUCCUAGCCGGAAACAAAGCCAAUGUUCAGGCUUAAACAUAAAUGGUUUGUUUCUGAUAAAUACGAUGGCUUUCUUCUGCAAUCUACCUUGAGUUUAUUUCUUAAAUGAAGCAUGUGACCAGGACCUACAGAUGGCCAUCCUCCUUAUCGGUAUCAAGAUCAGGCUCGAUUAUCCACUCAACAGCUGCAGCUCGGUUGGUGUUUGUACUAUGUUCUGUAUAUCUGACCUGUGAAUUACAUAGCUGAAGCAUGUAGGGAAACUGGAGUGUGCACUAUGUACAGGGGAUUUUACUUAAAUGUUGUUGUACACUUGUAUUUAGGCAUUUUAUUUUUCAUCAUCUUUGGGAUUCUUUGUUUCUUCAUUUCCAUCUUCCUUCCUCAUGGGUUGCAUUUUUAUAUAAAACUCUCCGAUUCCAAUAGUGAUUUUUGACUCUAGACCAA